GAUAUUCAUUUUCUUCAGAGUGUUUUAACAAAAAAAAAAUUGAUUUUAACAAUUUUGACCAUUAAUAGUGACUUUAAUUACUUAAUUUUUCUGCCAGUCGUCAAUAUCAUAAUGAAAUCCAUUAAUUGAAUUCAAAAUUUUAUUUGAAUAUUGAUUAUUUUGGCAGAAAAAUAUCAAAAGACAGCAGCUUUUUAAGUUUUUGACAAGAAAAUAAGAAAAAGAAGAACUUUUUGCAUACAUAGAAAAAAUGGAAGCGGCUAUAGAGCAAAUUGAGUUAUGUCCUUAUAAGAAGAGGAAACUCAAUGAGGAUAAUGAAAUGUUUUGCGAUGAUCAAGCUGAUUCCAUUGCUGAAAAUUUUGAAACUGGAUCUUUAGAAAUGAUCCAGAAUGGCGAUGAGAAUAAGAGUGAUCCAUUGCAUGAUAAUCAGGUGGACGAGAAUGACGAAAAUAAAGAUAAGGAAAAUGAGUCAGAUGCUGGAAGUGAUUAUUCCGAUUCAGACGGUAAUUACGAAGAGAUUGAGUCUAUGCUGGACGAGAGGCUACCCGAAGAGCUGAAAAACAAAAAGAAGGAGUAUGAGGAGAGAUUUAAAACAAUUAUGGAAGAAAAGGGCAAAAAUCAUUUUGAGAUGCUACCAGAACACUGGGUACAAGUAACUCAUGACUCAGGAAUGCCUUUAUAUCUUCAUCGACAAAGUCGUGUUUGUUCAUUAUCUCGUCCGUACUUCCUCGGACCAGGAAGCGUACGUAAACAUCAAAUUCCAAUAAGUUCCAUUCCAUGUCUUAGUUAUCGAAAAGCAACAGAACGAGAGAAGGAAAUGAUUGCGCAGCAAAGGCUAUUAAAAGAACAGCAAGAUAAGGAUGCUGCUGAAGCGGCAUUAAAUGCUAUUGACGAGCCGACUGAAGAAUUACCAAAUGGAUUGAGUGCAUUAUUAAAUCUCAAUAAGAAUGAAACUCAACCAACAGCGAAACCAAUAAUGCCAAUUCCAUCAUGCAUUGCAAAAGUCGAGACUGUCUCAGAAAAUCUCAAAGAUCAUUCAUUGACACCGUCUCAAUUUACAGAGUAUUGUAAGAAGCUCUUCAAUUUUAAGACAAUUCGUGUUAUGAGAUUCAAGUCAUGGUCAGCUCGUAGGAAAUUUACAAAGAAUCGCAAGCACAUCAAGCAUUUGCAGAGGCCAACAUUACCUGAUGGAACCAAAUUGAUAACAUUUCCCGUGUUGAACACUGAUAUCCAAACAGACCCAGUAAAUGGACAGACAACUGCAACAUCGCAACAACGACCAAAAAAAGAAUGGGUAAUGAAUCCAAAUGGAAAGUCAUAUGUUUGCAUAUUGCAUGAAUAUGUACAGCAUGCAUUGAAGAAGCAGCCAACGUAUGAAUUUAAAGAAUUGGAAAAUUCAGCAACGCCAUACUCGGCAACAGUCUCAAUUAAUAAUCUCAAAUAUGGUACAGGCUAUGGUACGAGUAAGAAGCAAGCUAAAAGUGAGGCUGCACGUGAGACACUUGAAGUAUUAAUUCCGGAAAUGCGUGAGAAAAUUACCGGACUCGAUAAGAACAAUCAAUCAACAUCUGUGAACAGCAAGCCAAUUUCAGCAGUUCCACCACAAGAUUUAUCAGUUUUUGAUGAGAUUCGCAUUGAGGAUCCUCGAGUGCCUGAGUUUUGUCAGAAAACAACGGAGCCAUCACCACAUUCAAUCUUAUUGACAUGCUUACAACGAAAUUAUGGCUUGGGAAAUAUCCAAGUGAAAUAUGAAGUAAAUACAGCAAAGCACAAGAAGAAUGAAUAUACAAUGACGGUCGGUCAGCAUGUUGCGAAAGUUUAUUGUAAAAAUAAGCGUGAUGGGAAGCAACGUGCAUCGCAAUCAAUUCUUCAAAUGCUUCAUCCACAUAUUAAUACGUGGGGCUCAUUGCUGCGUCUCUAUGGUAAUCGUUCUGUCAAGAGUUUUAAGGAAAAGAAGCAGGAAGAGCAGGAGAUUACUGUAUUGCAAACUCGUGCUGCCGUAAAUCAACCAAAUUAUGCGAUACUCGAUAAGCUGAAAUUGGAAAUGUCAAAAUUGAAAGAAAUGAGAAAUUUUAUUCAGCCAAUCUCAUCGUCUGUCAUGACUGUUGCUCCAUCGAGGGGUAUUCAGACUAUAACAGCAAGUUUAUAGAAGAAAAUGAAAGGCAGAAUCAAAGUUUUAAAGUAGUUCUUUAUUAUUUUAGGUAGCUUUUAACAUAAAAAGUAUGAAAAUCAAAGUAAUUUUGUGCUAUAAAGUUUUUUUCUUGUGUUUUAUUGAUUGACAUAAAAUAUAAUUAAUUCCCUUUUAGUCACUUAUCGUUAAUAAUUAAAUCAAAUUGAUAGUCAGAAAUAAUUAUUUUCGUAACUUUGUGUCGCAAAUAAAUUAAAAAGUAUCAAAUUCAUCGACAUUUACCCUUAAAAAUUAAUCGCUUUUGGGUUUUAAUAUUUAUUAGCAUAAUUUUUCAGCAUUUCAAUUGUCCUUUGGGGUGAAAAAGUGCGGUCUAUAAAUUACCUUUAUUAGAUUAAUAAAUAUUGUGCAAUUAAUCAUAUUCGAUAUUCUCUGACCUCAUGUAGGAAAAUAUUAAUUGAAAUAUAAAAGAGCAUAAUUUAAAUUUCUCUUUGUUCGGAGCGAAUUUUAAGGAUUUUAGGUUGUGAAAUCAUCAAUUCUCUAAAUUGUAUUAUUUACGUGUAGGAACCAGACACCAACAACAGUUUACAAUCUUCACAAAUGACUGAGGAACAGAAAGACCAGUGAGAAAACUCAAGAUUUAAUUGAAAUUUUGCAAAACAUCAAAUAUUGACCAAAAAGUAAAAGUUUUUGCAAACCUAACCUAGAAAAAAUGGAACUGGAUCUUAUUAUAUUACAUUGUCGGAUCUGAGGCAAUUGUGAGUCUAAUCGUAUUGCAUUUCUCCAAUAAUCGCGAAUAAGAAGGUUCUGUAAAUCAAUUGGAUCGUUACCAGUGCCCUAUUAUAAAUUAGACAUAACAUGAAAUUGAUUCUUAUCGAAAUUCUACAGAACAAGUUUGAAGAACUACCGACGCAUUGUGAAUGCCUAGCGAUGCCAUUUUUCUGAUCUGUCAAGAAGUAUUAAAAAGUGCCAGAUAUUGUCUUAAUCUAAUAAUUUGUUGUUUUAAUUCUAAAGUUUCAUAUCUAAAAUUUUUAAGUAAUUGGCCGAAACCUAGCUAACGAGGAAAAUUAUAUUCAAUUUUUGGCAAAUUAUUUUACAAUUUUUCACAUAAAAUUGUUAAGAAAGAGCAUCAACAAUACGUGAUUGAAAUGUCAUAUUUGUAUGAAAAGAAUGAAUAAAUGAUGUAUCCUGAACUAUGAGCAGGAAAUACAAUAAAGAAAGGAAAUAAAAAGCUCUAGAAGCUUGGGAAAGCUUUUCUGCACCAAAUCAAAUUAUCUCAAUUGAAUUUUUCAUCGUUUUCUAUACAAUAUCAACAUUAAACAUAAUUUACUGCUCUCAAGUGCCAAAGUAGCAGCAUUACAUGGAGUAUAAAGCAGUUUUAUGCAUCAAUUUUCUACAAUUUUUAUUUUUUCACAUAUUUUUUUUAUAACAAAUAUAAAAAGUUCUAAUCGUAUGUAGUAAGUCAUUACUGCCAAACUUUUCACAUUUCUCACGGCAUUUUGUAAAGCAGAAUUGCUCAUUUCUAAGUUUAUUUUUGUGUUAAAUGUUUUUUUUCUACUUUGACCAUUUACUGUCAAAUUUGACUCCUUUUUCGCAGGGUUGAAAAAUUGCUGGCAGUUAAAAUUGAGGAAAAUGUUCAGUUUUUGCUGAUAUAAGGUUUAGUAAUUUUAAAAAAUUUGUAUGGUUUCGCAUCUUUUUAUAGAACAUUUUUAGGGUUCUGCAUCAUUUUUUGCAUCAAGUGUACGGUUUCGCAUCUUUUUAUAAAACAUUUUAGAGUUCUGCAUCAUUUUUUGCAUCAAUUGUACGGUUUCGCAUCUUUUUAUAAAACAUUUUUAGAGUUUCGCAUCAAUUCCAUCAAAAAUUCAAAUUUAAAUUUUCUGUUAACUUCAAAAUUAAACAAUUAUUUACUUUUACCAGCCUUUUUCCAACCCAGCACUUUAUGUACAUCAUUUCCAUUGCUAUUAGCUAUUAGAAAUUUUAUGUUGAAGCAUUUCCAUCCGAAAAUUCUUUUUUUUCUAAUGUUGAAUUUUUUUUAAGCAUUUAAUUUAUUAUGUGUCAUCAUAAAAAUCCAUAUUUUGCCCUUUUUUCGUCUAUAUGCUUAAAUCCUUAGAGGAAAAAAAAUUAUUCAGACAGACUUGACCUUAAAUUCUUAAAGCAUUUCGACGUCUUUGCAAUAAAUUCGAAUAA